AUGAGGUACCUCAGAGUACCGAGAGCCUUGGUGUGGUUGGGCACUCGCGGAGCCCUACGUCCUCCACCUAUCAUGCUGCGGCGGCCGGGUCUCUGUCGUCGGCCGUCUGCCUCCGGACACACGCAUUGA